AACGGCGAGCUUGCCGAAGUGAGGAUCGUAUGGAGGCUUCCAUAAAGACUUGAGGAAGACUUGUCCCUGGGAAAGAAGAAAAAAACAGGUCCUCCUCAGGUGCAGCAAUCACCCACAAUGGAACGAGAGGUGAACACGGAGGAAAGCGAGAAGGCGACGCCGCAGAUCUCCCUCCGGCCUUUCGUCCUCUCGGACGUGGACGAUUUCAUGGUGUGGGCUUCCGACGACAAGGUGAGCAAAUUCUGCAGCUGGGACACUUACACUAACAAGGAUGACCUCCUCAAGUACGUGAAGGAGACGGUGCUGCCCCACCCCUGGUUCCGCUCUAUCUGCGUCGGCGGCCGCCCCGUGGGGGCCAUCUCCGUCAGCUUGGGCUCCGGCGACGAGCGGUGCCGGGGCGAGCUCGGGUACGUCCUGGGGUCCGAGUACUGGGGGAAGGGGAUUGUGACGGCGGCGGUGAGGCUGGUGGUGGGCUCCAUAUUUAAGGAGGUGGAAGGACUGGAGAGGGUGGGUGCCUUGGUGGACGUGGACAACAAGGCAUCCCAGAGGGUGUUGCAGAAGGUUGGCUUUCAUAAGGAGGGAGUGCUCCGAAAGUAUGUGGUUCUUAAAGGAAGUAUCAGGGACAUGGUGAUGUAUAGCUUCAUAUCCACUGACCCCUUGGUUGGGUAAUCCAUGGCGGUGAUAUUCUGUGCGUCGUUAUUCCUACAGUUUCCUACUAUAAUCUUUGAUGCACCUUCUACUUUUGUCUAGUUUUGUUUUGGAUAAGUCAAGUCGGUUGCUGGCGAUUUCAGGGAAAGUUAUUUUUAAGAAUCUCGAUCCUCUGCUGCAAACGGCCGUAUAGUUGAUUCGGAUCUCUGAUGCUGUAGCGAUGUUACUUUUAAAAAUAAUUGAAACAAAGAAGAAAAAAAUCUCGACCAA